AUGCUUCGCGACAGCGCGCACAAGAACCACAAGGACAGCGGAGUGUCGUUCCAUGAAAUUUCAAGUCGUGGCACAUCGACUUGGAAUUUUCUAUAAACUCGCUCAAAAACUUUCUAAAUACCUAGAUGAAGAUCCCUCAGAGUCUCAACCUGCGAAAAUCUAGUUUUUGAGAUAUUAACUUUUAAACCAUAUAGGAUCUGCAUCUAGACGUUCAGAAGGCGUUUAAGCAAAUUUAUAGAAAAUUCCAAGCCACAAAGUUAAAUGACCUCCCUGUCAAGAAUGUGAGUUGAGAGGGGUCAAUUCUCUAAAAAAAAAGUUCCAAAUAUUUUUUAAAUUUUUUUAGGUUCAAUCGAAUGCUUCAAAUACGACACUCGAAAGAAAUAUAAAUAGAUUUCCUAUUCUAUUCGUGUUUUGUACUGUUUGAGGUUCUAGGUCAGCAAAUCUCGUAAAAAACAUUUUCGUUUGUUUUUGAUUGGAUCGAAUUGCAUAUGAAUAGAGAGAAAGAGAGAGAAUUACAUAUUACAUGGGGGUGCAAAAAAGGAGAAAAACGGGCGCCGAAACCCGCUUGGCCUUUUUUUGGACGGUUUCCGCGUGUCUCGUGAAGCUUGGCUGCUUCGAGAAGUUCGCAGCCACUUGCCUGACAGUUUGGACGAAAAAAACAGCGGUGCCGCGGCGGUCAGAAAGUCCCGCCCAGGAGAAAAUCUCCCUUUAUUCAUUUUGCCACUUUUGAACCUUAGAUUAUAAAGCAAUUUCCUGACAAGAAUGAACUCUUAUUUUUCGAAAUAAAAUCAUCAGUAGCGAGAAAAAGGUCGUUAUUUUUAGUGGCCACUUUAAGGUUUUGACGUUAGAACUUGAUUUAAGGAAUUUUGUGUUUUUUUUUUUUUGCCUCGACACUAAAGUGGCCACUAACUUGGUUUCUAAGGAAAAUCGUACUUUUCAACUUUUCCGUGUGCCUUUGAAAGAUCCAGCUCUUUUCUUGAAAAACUUGGGGAAAACUUUAGUGGCCACGUAAGUGGACACUUACUUGGAGAGGACACUAAAGUGGCCACUAGCUCUACAGAAGCCCCUAUUCUGCGUCUUAAUGGUCACUAAAACGUCAAAACCCUGAAGUGGCCACUAAAACUACUUCUAUGGAAGCCCAUAUUCGGCGUCUUAGUGGUCACUAAAGUAGUUUGAGUAUCCUAAUAAUACCUCUUGGAUUUUAAAGAGGCCACUAAUUCGGCUACUAUAGUGGUCACUAAACCAUCAAACGGGGUCGACAUGAAAUUUAUCGAAAACAAUAAAAAGUCUCCUAUUUUGAGCCUCCAAUAUUUGGUUUUUCUUAACCUAAAACUUAACCAAAAUCGAGGAUUCUACGCAUUUCGGAUACUAGAACUGAAAACCUUUGAAAUUUUUAAAAAAUGGCCACUGCGACUAUUUCAGCAUGCCCUUUUUUUGAAGGAGACUCAAAUUAUCAAAAGAAACAGCGCUUGUUUGUAAAUCAUCUCUCGCGAGCUACCGUAGUCGCCACGUCCCUGAGGCGUCGACGGACUUCUCUUGAGCCACGAGCCGCGUUUCCGACUUUACGACUUCUUUUGCUCCCGCCGCCCUCAUCAGAAGUCAUAACAUUUCGAGUGAUCCUCUUGAGCCGCCAACUUGUAUCAUCCGCCUUCCUGUUCACCUCAACCUCAUUUCUUCUUUCCCUUCUCAAGAGUGCACCCCGCGUCGAACUCUCGGUGCACCCCGUAGUGUACCACGUUUAGCUUUAAAUGCCUAUUAAGGUACUUAUUCCAUUCACGAUUUCAAAGUGUUUUGUUUCCCAAUAUCAUCAUUUUCUACAGUUUCAACGGUAGCUCAAAAAAACUUCUUUUUUUUGUUGCCCCAGGGGUGCACGCCAUCCAACGCGGGGUCCCCCGAAAACAUCAAGGAGUACACCCUCAUUCUUGUUGGAUCGGAAAUCCGCUGGUUCGAACGGUGUGAGCAGGCCACGCCUAACUGACCGCCGAGUGUUGUUCCACAUUAAUCUUGGCUCUUUUUUUCCGCCUCUUUGUCUUGUCCCUCGGCUGGAUUGUCGGUCAGCUUUUGCGUGGACCUUUCCGCUCAGUUGCAUUAUAGUUUUCUUGUAGAUCAAUCCUGAAGUAAUUCUACAAACUUUUGUUUCUACCAAAUUUCGGAAAAAUUUACACCAUUUCCCGAUAAGCUAUAGUGGAAAAUCCAAAAUUUCAGUAUCAAUUUUUGCUUCUUUUCCCACUUGUCCCUAACUUUCUCAAUUCUCACUUUUUCAGAAAACUAAACUGUAUUGAGUAGGAAAUUGAAGCAGCUACCCAACCAAAGUGAUUUAAGGACUCGAAAGUUUUUUUUUUCAAAUUUUCGUUACGGUCCUUACAGAUAGCUUCUCCCGAAUAUUCGGCUAAGUAAUUUCUUCAGAGAAAUCGAGUUUACAUUCCUCAGUGUUUCAAACUAUGUCUCAAUGUAUCAUGUAUCAUAUAAUUCUGCUUAAAAACUGAUUUAUUUUCCGUAUCUCGCAACUUCUCCACUUUUGUAUUUUUCAGAAGUUUCUAACCGAUUUUUUUAACAAUUCUUCCAUGCUCCCGUUUUUUGUUUCAGUAAUAAUUCAUCCUGAAAGUGUUACACCUUUUUAUAUCUCUAACUAAAUUUUGUUAUCCUUACAAACUUUUGGUUUUCCAAUUUUUUUUCUUUUCGUUGAACCGUGUGACAUAGUGUUUAUCAUGUUUUUUGAGAUUUUCCGAAAAAAUCUUUUCAAAACAUUUCAAGCGUGUAAAUUUAGCUCUGGACUCCAUAGGCAUGCCAUAAUGAUUUGAACUGACUCAAGCAAAUCUGAAAAGCUCCUCAAAUUUUUCCUCAAAAAAAAGACCUUGUAAAAGUCCGCAGCAGAUCUUUUUUUUUCAUUUUGCACCAUUUUAUCGUCCUUCAACAAAAAUAAUACUGGAAAGCAACAAAAGACUAGAGCGGAUUCAAAGAGGAUUGCCUCAGGCUGUGAAAAAGGAGCCCAAAAUCUUUUUCACAUCAUCUUAGGAGUUUUAAAGGGACCUUUUUAGCUCCUUCUCAGGAUUCUACGAGGUUCCUCUGAGAAACUUUUCUGUUUUACCUAUGGAUAAGCUGUAAAGAUAUGAUCGGAGAUUAUCUUUAAAGUGAAGAAUCCAAUAAGAUGAUUUAUUGAUUCCUUCCUCGGACAUUUUAUCGAAGUAUGUGUUUUUGGAACAGCCGGCUGUAGGCAAGUACUUCGACUCCUGUGCGAAAGCUCAGCUGGCGGCUCUCGGCGACUUUCCGACGCCGCGAUGCCGUCGAGCUCAUUCUGUGGCGCCGCUCUACGAGUUUUGUCGCCAGCGACGUCCUUCCGGAAAAAAAACUCUUAUGAUAUUAACCCUCUCUCUUACACCUCCGUUCCGAACUCCUGGAUUUCUCGUUUUCAAAAUUUCCAAUUAGCCUUACACCUCCAAGAGCUGGACUACGGUAGUUUAUCACCCGCAGCCCACAUGCGCACUCAACGACGAGAAUUUACUGCUUGCAGACCUCGCUCCGUGUCCAGACGACGGUACUCGUAAAUCUGCCCAGUGCUCGGGACUUGGUCCAAACAGAGGCAUGGAUUCGUUCGAGGUGCCACCUUUUCCAGUGGUUUGCCAUCCCGUCUUACUACAGUAUGCCGUCGAGCUUUUUGCCCAGCUCCAGGUUCGUUCUUUCCUUAGGAACUCCAGAGCGGUCCCUAUAGGGGAAGCCUGAGGGGCUUUGGAGAGUCCCCUUUAGGGGUCACAAAGGCUUGCAAAAGUGGUCCCUAUAGGAGACAAGCUAGUUGGCAAUUUCUACGAACUCUAUGCGAAAACUCGGAAAAAUAAAUAAAUAUAAGCCAACUUGAUUUUUACCCCAUAUAGGGAUCACUCUAUAAUUCCUAAGUUCGGUCUCACUCUCUGAUAACCUCUUUUUCUGAACCGGAUAUUACCUAGAGAAUAGUUUUUGAUUUCUUGCCAAAUUUUGUAAGUUCAAAACUUUAUAUCUUCUUUUUUUUUAUGAAGAACGAAUCAAAUGACAAAAAGGAAAGUUAUAAAAAAUUUUCAGAAAAAGUACCAAGUGAACGCGGAAAUGGUGACGUUCUCGCCUGUGAUGUGCACGGAGACGACCUCCUCCAGCUCCCCUUCCUCCUCCCAGACCGCGCACAGUAAGACUACCAUACUCUUCAUAUAGAACAUUCCGCGCUUGCUUGUCUCUUUCCGCCAAAAAGACCGUAUACUGAAAAAUUAGAGCGAAAUUGAGCAUCUUCGCUUCAAGACCUUUGCUGUCGAAUGUCUAUUUAGCAGUUUUGCAGAGCAAAAGUUUGGGUUUACGGUAGUUUCUAGUUUUAAAAAAUGACGGUCUCGCGCGGAACGCAUUACCUUCGUUGAUAAAUUGAUCUGCUGUUUCAUUAUCUUCGCGAAAUAAGUUUUCUGAUGCAGGUUCAAUGAAACGGAAAGUAGAAUUUUGGACGAUAUCUUUGUAUUUAUCGAGUUUUCUUUCAUAGUCAGAAAUUUUAUUUUGUGGUUUUUUUUUUCUUGAAUGCGUCGGUUUCAGAGUGGUCCUCAUAGGGACUCUUGGAGAGUCCCCUCUAAUGAUCACGUCACCAACCCUAUAGGGGCGCAAAAGUGGUCCCUAUAGGGAACAUACUAACCGACAGAUUUUAUGUACUAUGCGAAAAAUUAAAUAAACAAGCGUUUUCGAAUGAAGUCGAAAGACCUCUAUAGCCUAUAUAGACUAUAGGGACCACUUAAGAUUUUGGGGCUUUUUUUUGCGUUUUUGGCACCAAUUCAAACGCCGUGCGAUGUAUUUUCGCUCACAUUUACUAUUUACAAAAUUAAUUAAUUUCCACAAACUUUAUUUUUCACCUUUCCUUGAUUGAUUUGAAAAUUGACUUCCAAUGAAAGAAAAAAAACUUACUACAGACAGCCCAUCUCCUCCUUCGAAAAAGGAAAAAAAGCCGGAUUCCCCUACGAAUGCUCAUGUAAGUUCCUUAAGACUUGCUCAUUAGAAAAAGGAUUUUUUCUUCAGACAUGUCAGUGCGGAAUUUGCGGGAAACGGUUCACACGCCACUGGCUCCUGCAAGGUCAUCUCCGGACCCACAGUUUGUCCUGAACCUUCUAUCAAACUGAAAAAAGAUAUUUAGCCGGAGAGAAGCCGUUCAAAUGCGACGUCUGCGGCAAGGCGUUCGCCGACAAAAGCAACCUCCGGGCCCACGUCCAGACCCACAGCGGUCGGUUUUCUUUUCUUUCUUUCGAAAACGAUGAAAUAAUAGAAAAUUGCCUGUUCUGUAUCAAGGUAUUUUUUGCGUAGGGUUUGGGAUUUUCGAUAAGUUUGUUCAUGAAAUCACUGGGAGUCAUCCGAAUCCGUCAAAAAAAUAAUGGAAAAAAACGGUAGCGGCAGAAAGAUUCGAACCUUCAUCAUGGACUCCACAGGUUAUCGCGCUAGCCACUGCACCAUGCUCCUAGCUGUUAUGCAAAGGUUGGUGACGCGGAGACAUUCCUUCCAAACGGCGUCACGUGUUUAAGGACUAAAACUUUAAAAAAUCUUAACUCCAAAAAUAGAAAUUUGCGCGGAUGGUGACCAUGGAGGAUCGACUCCGAGUCCAUCCAUGAUUUUUUGAGGAAAUUUAUACAAAAAUCCAAACCCUACGCAAAAAUGACCUCCCAGAGAGAAUCUUCCAAGUCGGGACGAACGAGAAUCACACAGGCUUGUAAUAAUAAAAAAACAGACAUUUUGGCUGAAGGAAGAUUUAUCUUGGACGAGUCUCACCAGAUUUUUGUAUAGCUAGCCAUAGAAACCAGGAGAAUGUUCAGGCCAGAAGCCGCACGUCUGCCUGAAAUGCGGCAAGAGAUUCGCCCUCAAGAGCUACCUGUCCAAACACGAAGAAUCGGCUUGCGUCCGCUCUCCGCUGGCGUCCAUCGACAAAUGA